AUGUUUGCUUGUCUAUUGGGGAUAUCAUCAUCCAUUAAGGAUGUCAAGCAUAUUGAAAAGCUUUAUGUGAUCAACUGCUCUUUGCGAUGGCUGUUUACAAGUUUAAUUCGAGACUGUGCUGUAGCUUUAGGAUUAGUCAUGUUGGACAAUCAAGUGCAUGUGAAUUUCACCCAGUCAUUCGAGAGUUCAGUUCUACAUCAAAAAAAGUGCUCUCAUUUUCUGUCGAAAUAA